GCUAUACAAUUUGGUGCUGCUCUCUCUCAGCUCUCUCUGUGCAGCUGCUCUGCUCUGAUCCUCCUCCCCAUGCCAGCUAGCUCUCUCUACUCGAUCUCUCACACAGGCGAUUAUUGGAGCAGAACAAAAACGGAGUUGUGGGCCUGAACAGUGCAAGAAAUGUAAUAGAAAUGUUUGUGGAAACAUAUGUAUGUUAAUAUUCUGUUUCCGAUAGAACUCUUUCAAAUGAAGUUAUAAUGAGUGACAAGAAAGUAAAACCUCCUCGACCACCUGCUCCGGCUGCAAAAGGGAAGAAAACCCCCAAGAAAUCUUAUCAAAACGGACCAAGCAUUACAUUCCAUUACCGCAAAGAUGCAGACAUUGAAAAUGAGGUUGAUACUGGAGUUUCCAUGGUAACCACUAGCAAUCCAUCAAAACGAGAGUCCAGUGUGGAACACAAAGUAAUAAGUCCAAAGAAUGAAAUAUUUACGAAGGAAGCUAUUGAUGAUCCUUUAGGAGCCACUAAGAAAACAGAAUGGAAUGGCAACAGUAGAUUAGAUUAUGAUGUCUUUGCUGAAUCUACUGCAUCAAGGACUAGAAAGAGAGAUGCUGAUAAGAAACAAAGACCAACAAAAGAAAUUGAUACUGGAAUUAUAAGGAUCACAAAUGAGGUCAUUGCUGUUGAUGACGAUAACAAUAUCUCCAUUCCUUCUGAAUCCAAAGAAGCUAUUUCUGAUCCAUUGACAUUUGUAGACAAGCUCCAUGAUAACCAGAGAAAAAAAGAGGCUGCAAGACUCGAAGAGGUGAAAAAAGAGGAAAGAAAAGCUCGGUUAGAAGCUGCCCUCUGGCAAAAAGAGGGUGAGAAGGAUUCAAAUGAUUUGAAUGUCAAUCCAUUUUACUUCAAUGUACCAACACCAUCAGAGGUUCCUGAUGAGCCCCUACGUCCACAAUCAGAAGGUGCUAUUCCUCUCUCUCUAUCAGGUCUACUAGAGAAGUCCCAUUCCGAUGAGAGCGUCAAGCCAAGAGAACUUCCGAAAAAGGUACCUGGCUCCAGAACCAAAGAUUCAACUCCACCAAAGACACCAAGUGAAGACAGUUUUUCAGAACUAGAAAAAGAUCUCCUCUCCGAUGUGGAGACUCCAAGUAGUAAACAAUACUCAAAGGAGCAAUAUGAUGCAACAUUCAGUAUGGCAGGAAAGCAAGUAUUGAUUCCCAAAUACAGAAUCAUUAUUAUGUCAUUCUUCAUAUUUUGCUACCUGAUAUUCCCCCUACCCUCAUACCUGGUGGGACUCAUGACCGGAAUGAUUGCUUCCUUCUAUUGUGUUUUGUUUGCGAUUUGGAUUUCCUUACCAGAAGCCCCUCGAGAAUCUCCUGUGUCACCUGAUAUUCGGAUUCCACUGGUUAUUCCUGGUGAACGGAUGUCAGCUCCAAAGGCACGAGCAAAGGAACAAGAAAAAAUCUUCCAUCAGGGAUGGUUGAAUGAACUCCCCUAUGAAUACAAUGCAGAUACGUACCAUAUACAACAGACGCAUUCGGUUUAUUUACGACUUGAUGGAACCGUUCUUCGUUUGCUACAGCCAAAGGUUAACGUUCCAAAGAGGGCCAUGUGGGACGAAGCACUACAAAAGCCGGAAUUUAUACAUCAACGUCAUUUUGAUCUUCGCGGAAGCAAAGUUUAUCUUCUUCCCCAAGGAUUAGUGUCAAAGCGGACAUGGAGUAAGAAAUACCCGAUUUGUAUCGAAUUUGAGAAAAAGGACACGGACGUACAGCUUAAAGAUGUUAAAGUCGAGGAUGAAAAAGUGGAGCAGGAAGUUAUGUCAGAUUUACAAGGGUACGAUUUCAUCAGGAAGGGUGAGUUUAACCCCAACAUUAUUUAUUUGUUUGCAAGAACUGGCCGUGAGAAGGAGGAAUGGUUUUGGAAAUUUGAGACUGCUUCAAAAUACAAGAAGAUACGUGGUAAGAAACCAAUACAGACUCUAAAUAGAUCGGUUUACCUUCGUGGAAAUGAGUAUACAAAGGAUGACGGCACCAGACAUCUACACCGCUUGGAUCCUGACGAUAUUUCCAGUCGGAAAGGAGCCAUGGAUUUUUACAAGUACAUCUCCAAAAUCUUACCCAAGGAGAAAGAAAAUGCACCGCAGUCAGUUAACGUGAAGUCCAGUGGAGUAACGUACGGUUCAUCAACAAGGUCAAAUUCCGCCUCAAGUAAACUAAGCCCAGAUGGUGGGUUGACCGAGUCGCCAGUGUCUUGGGUUAAUGCUCUUUUGGGACGUUUUUUCUGGGAUUUUCUUCGGGAAGAGUAUUCUAAAGACUGGGUGAAAAAUAAGUUGCAGAAAAAGCUGAGUAAAAUCAGGGUUCCACGUUUCAUAGAUGAGCUCACAAUUACAGACAUCGACCUUGGCCUAAAUAGCCCGAUGUUAAGACGGAUGUCGCGUCCCCAGAUUGAUGAGAGGGGAGUAUGGGUAGACUUGGACAUCGCCUAUAGUGGGUCAUGCUGUAUGACUUUAGAGACCAAGGUAAAUUUAUGGAGGCUAAAGAAGGGAGCGUCUUUAGAGAGAGAACUAGAAGAGAUUUCACCUGGCAUGAGGAAGAUGAGUCAAACAAGAGAAAGCUCUAGAAUUUCUGUCAAGAAAAAUUCUUACAACACAUUGGACGAUGACAGGCAAAACACCGCUGCCUUGAACAGUGAUGAGGAGGAUAGUGCUGAAUCAUCAGAUGACGAUGAGGAUGAGAGCCAAACAGUGUCCGAUGGAACCACAAGUCAGGAUACAGAGAGUGGGAUCAAGAAUUCUAGUAAAAUUUUGAGGAUAGUGAACAAAAUAGCCAGCUCCAAGUACUUCCAGAAUGCCACCCAGUACAAGUAUGUGAAGAAGGCUUUUGAUGAGGUGUCGAGCACCCCGAUCCUACUCAGAGUUGAGGUGAAAAACCUGACAGGCACCCUAGCUCUCAAUAUUCCCCCACCACCAACAAACAGACUAUGGUAUGGAUUCAGAGGGAAACCUAAUUUAUGGCUGUCUGCAAAACCAAAGCUAGGAGAACGUCAAGUUACCAUCACGCACAUUACAGAAUUCAUUGAGAAAAAGUUGGAAUUAGAAUUUCAGAAAAUCUUUGUGCUUCCCAACAUGGAUGACCUUGUUAUUCCAAUCAUGCAAGGUGAGAUAGAAACCAAUCGAUUCUGAUUGGUUAAAAGCAAAUUGAACCUGAAGCUGAUUAAAUCUGAUUGGAAAGAAGUUGACUGAAUCUGAUUGGCCAGAAGCUGAGUAAAUCUCAUUGGCCAGAAGCUGCCUGAAUCCGAUUGGCCAGAAGCUGAGUAAAUCUGAUUAGUUGCUGCAUUCAUGUGAUCAUGACAUUCCAGUGAGCUAGUGAACAGUGAAAACACUGUGGAUAUUAUAUAUUAUAUUUUAUUUCCCAGUUGGUCUAAAUCUUAAAUAUUUGUUUUCCAUCAGUUGUUCAAAGAGAGUACAUGUUUUUACAUAGUCGUUAACAGACCAAAGGAGCAUUUAUUUCGGCUUUAUUUGUUGGAGGAUUUUGUUUAUCUGUGGAAAGAAUUAAAUGUUUUUAUUU